UUGCCGCCAGCAGACGGCGUCUGGCGCCGGAACUGUCUAACGGCACAGCAGAAGCAUCAGCAGCAAACAACAGAAAGAAUGACUAAUCAAAGAGGAUUAGGUGGAGGAGGAGGAGCAGGAGGCGAAGGAAUCAAAAGAGGAGGAAGACGAAGACGAAACUGCAUACUCAGAUCAAAAUCGGGUUUACCUAGUUUACAUGCAUUUUUCAAUAUACUGACUCUGAGCUGCGUUAUAAUCUCCGACUUAUUACUCAGCGCCCAUGGACUGAAGGAUCUGAAGAUAUUUGUGCCGGAAGCCGUCAUCAUGGGCAAUGCAGCGACAUUGUCUUGUCAAUAUGAUUUGGAGCAGGCGGCGUUGUAUUCGGUGCGCUGGUACUUUAACCAAGUGGAGUUCUACCGUUACGUGCCACGCGAGGCGAAGCCCACAUUUGUCUUCCCCGUCUCGGGCAUUAAUGUUGAUCUAACGAACUCGGAUGCCACGUCGGUCACCCUGAAGGGAGUCACGAGGGAUCUGACGGGCAGCUAUCAGUGUGAGGUAUCGGAGGAUGCGCCAUUGUUCCAUACGGAUAUUCGGUCGUCGCACAUGCAAGUUAUUGAGCUGCCCAAGGACGACCCGGCAAUGCAGGUGGACAAGAAGGUGAUUGGUGUGAAUGACAAUUUCAAGGCAGUGUGCACAGUGGGGCCAUCGUAUCCGCCGGCGAACAUAACAUGGUACAUCAACGGACGCAAGGUAUACAAAACGCCACUGCAACGCAUUAGCCAGGACGCAUUCGAGGGAUCGACAACAUUCUCAUCGCUGGAGAUCUAUCCGCAUAGUCAGGUGCUGCAGGGCUUCUUCCAGGCCAUGCCCAAGUAUCAGACCAGUAUAUUGCUACUCUGCGAGGUCUCCAUACUGCAUGUCUUCCACAAGAACGUGCAACAGCGCAUCGGACUCAGCACUGCGCCGCCUACAACAAUUUCACCCAAUCUGCUGGGACUUGAGGGCUCCAAGCGAUAUGCCAAUGGCGAUCCGGACAAUUCAGCACUUACUGGCGCCGCCCAGUGCAGUUGCAGUGCAGUCGGAGUGCUCACACUGGCGGUGGCAACUCUGGCAGCGGCUCAGCUGUGACCAGGACACACUGGACGUGUCACAUAAGUAAAUAAUCGAGUUGUUGGGGCAAGCAGCCACUCAGCCAUUCAGAUCCACAUCCACAGCCAUUGUCACGGUCAAUACCGGGAUAACAACGAACAGCAGCUACCAGCUCGGAGCGAACAGCCC